AUGGCCAUAACGUGGACGCCGGCGCUGAGCGGCCCUGGCGCCUUGCUCGACCGUGGCAACGGCUACGUCGCGGUCGAGUGGGCUGGAAUAGCGGUGGUGGGAAUUUACGUUUCCCCCAACAUCGGCUUGGCACCGUUCGGGGACUUUCUGGACCGGGUCGGCGAAUGCGUCAGAAGAUGCCUUCCCCGCCAGGUACUCGUUCUCGGGGACUUUAACGCCCACUCCACGCAGUGGGGGAACACCAGGACGUACACACGGGGAAGCUGGCUGACCGACUGGGCUGCGGGACUUGGGUUCCUCCUGGCAAACAGAGGCUCGGCGAGCACUUGCGUGGCACGGAGAGGAUCCUCCGUGGUCGAUGUCACGUGGGCUACCCCGGGGCUGUAUCGGAAGAUCCGCGACUGGAGAGUGGACGAGGGGGUCGAGACACUGUCCGACCACCUCUACAUACGGAUGGAACUGGCUCUCGACGGGGAGGACACCAACGACACCAGAAGAGGAGCGGGCCACUCCGGCCUACCACCACCCAGAUGGCGUCUCAAAGAAAGAGACAAAGAGAUGCCACGGGCGGCGGUCAUCGUCUCCGCCUGGAACUGGGACUCCCGAAGGAUAACCACACUGGAGAGCGUCGACGAGAAGGCGGAAAACCUGCAGAGAUACAUGAGCGCGGCAUACAAUGCCUCGAUGCCGCGUUCCGUCCCGGGUGGUAGACGCGACCGCGGUGUUUACUGGUGGAUUCCAGAAAUCGCGGAGUUGCGAACAAGCUGCGAUCGGGCCCGCAGAAGACACUUACGGGCCCGCCGUCGUAGGCGGACACGCGACGAGGAGGAGAUCUCCUGCACCUACGAGACCUACAGAGAGGUGAGGCGCACUCUUCAGCGAGAGAUCAAGAUCGCGAAAACUCGGUCCUAG